ACAGCUGGCGGACAAUGGUCCGAGCACCCUGUAAGGGUUCUGAAAUGAGAGCCAGCUCUUUCUGUCACUUGCUGCGCAACAGGUUGCGUUCCAACAAAGCAGGGAGUCGAGUGACUUGUGGCCGAAGUACCUGGUUUUCAUUAGUCACUUAUAACAGGGUGUGCCACCCAGCUGGAAGAGAGUUCAGAGCAGAACGAACAACCCUCCUCUCUCUCAACUCAAGCUCACAGUUGAGCCUCUGACGACAAUUGAACAAGACUGAUUGAAUCGACUGUUUAUCCAGACUCAAGACAGCCAGCCAACCAGGAGCCAUCCUCCAAGGGCUCAAAACAAGAGACCGGGACAUCGCCUCCAUUGCUUUAGGGACAACCCCUCUUACAACCUCUUAAACAGCUCUGAACCAAGAGAUCCCAAGAGCUCCCAAAGCAGUCCAUCCCGGCUUUGUUCCUCGUGGCAUCGUCUGCUACUUAGCCGCCAUCUCUCCAGGACCCAGAAGCUUGUCUGUCAAUUGUCUUCACCGCACCCGCCGGGCCGGGAACCUAGCAACUCUUGUUGAGACUUCACUUGUCCCCCAACGAAUAGGAUCCUGUCUUUGAGAUCCCAUCAAGGCCCACGGGGACACCUCCCAUCUCCAUACAUCAGCAGAAAGCCCAACGACAGCCAGCUCAUCCUUCUCCAACAAGUUCAAGUUCCGUCCCGAGGCUCCAGCUGCAGGUCGACCAAAUCGGUGUCUUCUGUUGACGUUUCCAAGGCUUGAGUCUUGAGCGGAUUCAGAGUGGAUACUGGACGGCCCAUCGGCUGAUCGAGCAAGUUCCGUUGUGCGAAGAGGGGUGUGAAGCGAGCGAGGAGCCGGAAGUCGGACAACAACCUGGAAAGACACCAAAAAAGAAUAAAAGCUGGUGCCAGUGCCAGCACACCCGACACUCAGCACGGCCGAGAAACAAAACACGAGCUGUCAAGAAUUCGGAGCCGGAUCAGGAUCAGGAACAAAUCGCAAAACGCAGGCGUCAGCGUGUGAGUGACGGCAGCCAAUCUAGUCACGGCGUGGUCUUGGUCCAACGACAGAAACGCAGCGUGACCUGGUUCAACCCAGAACGGAGGUUGGGGCUUGGUGGAAGCACCUGGCUAUUUGUCUCCGUGCAGGCCCAGAGUCCUAGCGGCGGUCUGCGGACCCCUCCCACCACCACCGGCAUUAACAUUACAUAAAACCCUCCAUUCUGCUCUUUUCUUGACACAUACCCAACCUGUCAACGACCUUCUGCUUAUCUCUGACCCUCCCGGAAUCUCCCUCGACAAUCUUGGUUUUGACACACGAAAAUCUGGGGAAUCCAACACCUCACUCAGCCUUACCUUAUCGCUGGGACAGAUACCACCGAUACCAGAUCCCCCCCGUUGAAACGAACGAACAAAACCCGGUCCCAACCUGCCGGAUCCCGCAAACCGUUUAUUCCAGAUGACGCACUGAUUGGCGCCCUUCCCCGGCUUUUGUCGAACUGUCACUGCUGUCAUCCCACCGCCAAAAACUCCAACAGAGUUUAGGUGUGCAUCGCCUGGCAUUCCCGCUGCAGCAUAGCGUCCUACUGCUGCUGCUUCGCCCCCGCCCAAAAUCAGGUACAUACUACCUCUUUAUCAUCUGUCUGAUAUCUCCUGCCUCGUCGAGAUACCUUGGCCGACGCCUACCGAGCUGUCAGUGCGGCACGGCACCACCCCUAUCGACGACAAGCUUUUGGGAGAAGAGCCAAGUAAGGUCUAACGCCUCUGUUAUCUGCCUUAGCCACGAACCGGACAGCAAGGAUAUGUCCGAUAAGAUGUCUGUCGACAAGAAAGAUCCACCCAAAGACGACCACAGUGAAGUAGAGUCCAUGGCGUCCAGCCCGGAAGGAGAGGCGCCUCCAAACAACGCCCCGGCCCAAGCCGAGAACCAGCAGCCCAAGCGAAAAGGGGGUCGCAAACCUAUCUAUGCGACAUCUGAGGAGAGAAAGCAGAGGAACCGUCAGGCCCAGGCUGCUUUUCGUGAGCGCAGAACCGAGUACAUCAAGCAGCUCGAGGAGGCCAUCCGCACCCAUGAGCAAAACCUGGCUAACCUCCAGGCUGCCCAUCGCCAUGCUGCCGACGAGUGCCUGAUGUUGCGCUACAAGAACUCGCUUCUUGAGCGGAUUCUGCUGGAAAAGGGUAUUGACGUGCAAGCGGAGCUGCGUGCUAAAACUGGCAGUCCGAAUCUUGGGCCGACUCACAUGCCCCAGAACCUGGUUCAGCCGCCUCCGAUCCAACGUGCUAUCCUGAACCGCCACCAUGCUCGCCGGUCCAACUCCAGCAUCGCCCCGAAACUGGAGCCGGGAGCCAUCUCGCCGCUGCCUCCUCCGGUUCACUCUCACGUCUCGGCACUGUCGCCCAAGAGUCGACACACGCCUUCGUCCCACUCGGCCUCGCCCACGGCGACAACCUCGUUUGGGUCUCAGCAUGCUGCCUCACCAGCAACCUCUGACCACAUGAACGGCUCUGUUCGGCCCUCGAUGGCGCCAGUCAAUGGUAUGAAGGCACCUCCGCCUCCUCAUCUGGCCCCGAUUCAUGGUUUGCCAGGACCUCGCCAGAUGCAAAUAUCCGGAAUCCAUCAGCCCACGAACCAUGCGAGACAGAAUGUGACCCAGAGUCCCGCCGCUUUCUACCCUACGCCAUCGUUCCAGAAUCAUAUUGAGCAGCUCGGCAAGUUGUCCCAUCUCUUUUCUUUGUCCCCUCUUCAACAGGAAUAUGAUGCUGCAGCCGACAUGAUGGAUGAAGGUCAGGAGGGUCCUGACACGCCCAACGGCGGCCCUGGACCCUACCCUGGUCAGCCCUACCCUGGUGAGCCACAGCCCAUGUCGCUAUCAUCGCCAGUCACGACGGGCCCGCCUGGGACCCAGGUCAUUGCCGGCCAGUCGCCGAUCGACAGCCCUGCUCACACCCAGCAGUCGGCAUAUCCAUCGAUGACGCAGCUGCUCGACCCUGGUUAUGACUUUGAUCCCUUCGGACUCAGUGCCAGCAUGGCUUUCCCCACUCAGUUUUCGUUUGACACCAGCAACAUGCGGUAG